GUUUGCGCCUUUAAAGGAUCACGCUUUUGACGUUAACGACACCACUUUACGACGCCAUUUAUGUUUACGGCAGUCUGUGAUCACACGUGUUAUCGCAUGGAGAUUGGAGUCGGUAGAGCGCGCAGCUAGCCGUUCAAACCUUUAGAGGAAAAUGUCGUUCAGAGGUGGAGGUGGACGUGGUGGAGGUUUUAACCGAGGUGGAGGUUUUAACCGAGGUGGAGGUUUUAACCGAGGUGGGGGCUCCAGAGGAGGUGGGGGUUACGGCCGAGGUGGUGGAAGAGGAGGUUUCAGACAGCAAGACUUCGGCCCUCCGGAGCGUGUUGUUGCUCUGGGAGAAUUCAUGCAUCCAUGUGAAGAUGAAAUUGUGUGCAAGUGUACAACAGAGGAAAACAAAGUUCCCUAUUUCAAUGCUCCGGUGUACUUGGAGAACAAGGAGCAGAUUGGAAAAGUGGACGAGAUAUUCGGCCAACUCCGAGAAUUUUACUUUUCAGUAAAGCUCUCUGAAAAUAUGAAAGCAUCUUCAUUCAAGAAAAUGCAGAAGUUUUAUAUCGAUCCAAUGAAGCUGCUGCCACUGCAGAGAUUCCUCCCGAGACCACCAGGAGAAAAGGGGCCGCCGAGAGGAGGAGGCAGAGGUGGAGGAAGGGGUGGUGGUCGUGGAGGCGGUUUUAGAGGCGGGAGGGGAGGAGGUGGACGUGGCGGAGGAUUCGGAGGUGGUCGAGGUGGUGGAGGAGGCUUCAGAGGGAGAGGAGGAGGUGGUGGACGUGGAUUCAGAGGUGGAAGAUGAACAGAGUCUUCUGGCCUGGUGUGAAAAUCUUAUCGCCAUCAAACCUCCAUCUAGAAGGCUUCAGUCUGUCAGAUUCUGGAGCCAUAGACUCGUCAGGACCCUGUCGAAUAUGUUUUUUUUCAUUUAUUGUGUGCAUCACUUGGAUGAGUGAUGGAUUUUAAGUCAUUUUUACCAUUAUUUAAAGGAUUCAUUGUCUGCUUGUUUCUGACAUGAAGGGGACCUUUUUGUUUGUUUUGGAUCGUUUUUGAAUCAGUUUGUAUAAAAGGCAUGCUAGUAGUCUGUGCUGAUUUGUUGGAAAUGCUUGACUGCAGUUUAAGAUUCUCAUGUGGUGACUUCUCUAAAUGUGGAGAAAAAAGAACUUAUUCAGCAUUGGCUGAAAACAUUUUAAUAAAAAAAUUUCAGAAAUUGUAUUUUUGUUAAAGACAUUGAUUAAAAGGUGCUCUGUAACUGGG